UUCGUGGCCGACACCUUGUCAGUAGAUAUCUCUUGCUUCUCGUAAAGAGUCUAAAAGCCCAAACGCAUGUUAGCUCGAUAGAUAGGGAACGAAUUGUUAUCUGCUCCCCUGCUUUUGUAGCAGAUCGCACGAUGACAGUUGCCAAGUGGUUGGGACGACGAUACAUGUCGCCAUGGCCAUCGUCAUCAGCAUCACCGCCGGCCCGAGAAGUUUAUGCGGAUGUUUGCGUGCGCCCCGGAUCCCGUUGCUUGAAGCGCUGCACGUUGUGUAGGGUGUCCCGCUGGCGGCAACGCCGCGGUUCGCGUUGACAUAACACGCUAAUCGAUGCCCCCAUGUUCAUGUACCGGCCUCCUCGCGACAAACUGUCAUUCGUUGCCAAACGCGACGACUUCUGUCCGAUGACAGCGGCUGACGAUGUCCGCCGUCAGGAAAAAGUCGACCGCCGACCCGAAAAGCGUUACCCCUUCACUCUGCGUGACAGAACUUGUCCAGCUGACUCAGCUGGGCAUUCCGCUGGAGCACGUCACAUGGCCGCGUGUCACGGUCACCCCGAGCCAGUGGCUCUGCAUUCGCCACACCAUGACCUGCCGAAAUGCUUCCAGCAGCGCCGACAGGUGCUCAGUGGUGACCGUGUUCAACCCACAGCGGUCUGCGCCGCAAACUUACAAGGUCGAGGCACGCUGUGCCAAGCUGAAUCCAGACAAGCCCCUUUUAGCCAUCACAGACCAGUGGGCGCUGUACCUGUACAGCACACGCACCAAGAAGCUGCUGCACAAGAGUCGGCUGGAACGAGACCUCGUCUACUGGGCCUGGGUCACACCAUCCACACUGGGACUGGUCACACGCGACGCUGUCUUCCAUUGGGACUGCUCUUCGGCCCCAACAGAGCCGGUGUUCAUGUUUUCACUUCAUGAGCGCAUACGCAACACGGAACUCGUGGGCUACAUCACAGACCCAGGCCUCAAGUGGCUGGCGGUCACUGGACUCUUUCAAGAGGAGCAGGUGGUCUCUGGCCUGGUCCAGCUGUACAGCGUGGACCGGCGAGUGAGCCAGCUGCUGCCCGGCCAGUGUGCGCAGCUGUGCAGGCACCAAUUUCAAGGCCAGGCACACGCUUCGCAGCUGCUGCUGCUGGCCGACAGGGGACCCGCGGUACAGCGGCCCGAGGGCCGGCUCCACCUGUCCGAGCUGGGCCCGCCUGCCAGCACGGGUGGCGCCCUACGCGGGCCCAUCGCCGAGACGCUGGAGUUCUUUGACCCCCUCGACAAGUUCGACUUCCCUGUGUGUCUGCAGGUGUCCAGCAGCCAGGGCCUGGUGUACGUGCUGACCAAGUGUGGGGUCGUUCACCUGUGCGACCUGGAGACGGUGACGCCGCUCUGUCUGCACGUCGUGUGUCCUGACAUCACUUUCACUGCCUCGAUCACGCCCACUUGUGGGCUCAUGGUUGUCUCGCGCAAUGGCCAGGUUCUCUUGGUGGAGAUCAAAAAGGCUGCGCUUCUGCGGCGCAUCAUAGAGGUGGUGAACAGACCGGCCAUCGCCACUCGACUGCGCCAGACCUUGCCCUGAGUGUGCACCCUGACUGCCCCGGCACUGCUCGGAGGCAGUGCAAGUGCUGCACUGGGUCAAAGUAAUGCUCUUGUGUUUGUCUAGUCAUCGGGACUGAGUGUGAUGGUCCACCAGGGUGCUGUGAAGCGUUUAAUGUGUACUUACUCUUUGUGCCACUUGCUUUCCCUAGUGCGUAUAAGGUGCAGAGUCUGCCUUAGGUCACGGGCAUGCUCUAUUCUGUUUGUGUACAUAUAACCAGCCCUGCACGCAACUUGUGUGUCCAGUUCGACUUCAAAUGAGAGAGCAAACAAAAACUCGUAUCUUUGCAACUAGCACAAGUUGCACGGUGUUCAACUUUUGAAAAACGUGAUCUUCAAAAGCAAUGUUGUCUUGUAUGUUUGGUCUUUGUUGCUGCUACUUCUGCUAGCUGUUAAAACGUGGUAUGGCUUCUGUACAGUGAAAGAAGAAUUUGUGUGCAAACUUUACGUUCUAAUACAUUUGCAUGACAAAGAGAAUUUCGCCUUUAAAUGCAGCUACAUGGCAAUGUGUAUGGCAUUGCCUUGGAAGCCAUGUGUAAAGGGGAAACGAUUCUAGUGUAACCUGCACUUCUGAUUUGUACUUAAAUUUAUUUAAAUUUUAGUGCUCAUUAUGCAUGCAAAAGUAUUUUGAAGGGCCUUGAUUUUGUUGCAUAGGAUUACUGCGAUAAAAUGUGUUUCACAGGGAUUUUGUUUCAUAUUCAUGAUGUAAGGGCAUUGUAAGGGGACCGUUAACUGCACUGAACAAUGUGGUGACUCAUUUAAAUAGAAUUGAGCUGCGAUUAACAUUUGAAUGCAUUAAUCACAUAAGCGGGCUGUAGGGAGUGCACGAAACAUUGCAAAGUAUGUUGCUGAGGCUUUUAAAAAAACAGCAGUGUUUGAAUGGCUGCGUUGCUUUCACUGGUGGCCCUGGCACUGCCCAGCAUUCUGGCUACUUCUUAAGCCAUACUGCUGGCUAUGCAUCUUCUCGCAUAUAAGGCAGGAGGGCUGUCUAAAAGCAAGGACCAAAGUUCCCGUUUCAUCCUUGUUCAGUAUACAUGGCUGGCUCUCAGUUCUCAGCUUGUGCUUUCCCUUUCAAAACUGCAGCACUUUCUUAAGUCAUGCUGGGUCUGUUUACUAGUAUAGGGCCUUGCAUACAAGGUGUUUACUAGUGUGAAAGGUCUGUUUACUAACAUAGGAGAUGUAGUAAACCAACUCCAUGGGCCUGCCCUGGACACAGAAGUCUUUCUUUGCAAGAAGGCAAACUUUUCGCAUGUACAAUUAUUUUGUCAAAUAUUGAUGUCUUCUUAUAUAUAUAUAUAUAUAUAUAUAUAUAUA